UAAUUGCAAGGCUGUCUUUGAGGUUCAAAGAUUUUCUGUUACUGAAGAGUUAUUUUCUUUUUGUUUGUUGGACAAAUGGAAAUUAUGGAUACAAGUCCUUAUAGGAGGAACUUAUUGACUAACAAAACGCAUGUAUUAAAUGGCAGUUUAUUUUCUGCAUUCUCCUAUGGCAUUGCAUCAAUGGCUAUGGUUUUCAUCAACAAGGCCGUGAUCAUGCAAUAUGCGCACUCCAUGACUCUUCUCACGCUCCAGCAAAUAGCAACAGCUUUGCUCAUACACUUUGGUAGAGUUAUGGGAUACACAAAAGCCAGAGAAUUAAAUGCAGAGACCGCGAAAAGACUUUUCCCAGUUUCGUUGUUCUACAAUGCGAAUGUGGGAUUUGCUUUAGCAAGCUUGAAAGGAGUAAAUAUUCCUAUGUAUAUUGCCAUCAAAAGGCUUACACCACUUGCUGUAUUAGUAGCUGGAUUCUUUACUGGAAAGGCUAGACCAACAACUCAGGUAACACUUUCCGUUAUACUUACUGCUGCCGGAGUUCUUAUCGCAGCUCUUGGAGAUUUUUCCUUUGAUCUUUUUGGAUACAGCAUGGCCUUUAUUUCUGUUUUCUUCCAGACCAUGUACCUUGUGUUGGUUGAGAAGUCAGGAGCAGAGGAUGGGCUUUCGUCGAUUGAGAUCAUGUUUUACAACAGUUUUUUAUCUUUGCCAUUUCUGCUAUUCCUCAUCAUAGCGACUGGAGAAUUUCCAAAUUCUUUAUCUAUUUUAUUUGCAAAGAGUAGUUCAAUAUCAUUUCUUGCGAUUCUUAUUCUUUCAUUGGUGAUGGGCAUUGUCUUGAACUACACGAUGUUCUUGUGCACCAUUGUUAACUCGGCUUUAACUACCACGAUUGUUGGAGUCCUCAAGGGAGUCGGAUCUACGACACUUGGAUUUGUCAUGUUGGGAGGAGUAGAAGUACAUGCUUUGAAUGUCACAGGUUUAGUGAUCAACACAGCUGGGGGUGUGUGGUAUUCACUUGCCAAAUAUCAACAAAAGAAGAGCAAGUUACCCAAGAUAAUGUCCGAUAUCGAAGGUCAUCGUAAAUAAAAGCUUACAAGUUGGUUCCACAGAGUUCAAUAUUUUUUUCCUCCAUUCACGGUGUGAAUAGGAAACUACAGUUUCAUUCACCAUUGGUUUUGUCAAGGCAACGAACCAUGUGUUUUCAAGUGUAGUGAGUAGAAUCAGUUCAAUUUGAUAGUAUCUUGAACAUGUCUUGUUACAUGUAAACGUUGGAGAUGUUGUGUACCCUUUUUCUUUCCUGUUAUCUGUUUGGUUUACGAAGAACAUGAUCAGAUACACAUCAAAAGAAGAAUGUUUCAUCUAA